GUGUAACGGGAUUAAAAUCAUCAUGUAUGAUGUUGCUAAUAGAUUUUGUUUUCUUUCUAUUGCAGAGCAAGCAAGAAUAAACGCCUUAGAAGAAGAAGAGCAAGCCCUGCACGCACUAAACUUACAGGACGACUCAUAAGACCGUUUUGUAAACUAGCUCUCUUUCUGUACAGAACCCGCGAAAUUUAAUUUUGAAAUAAACGACUGUUGGUCUUCGUUCCGCGUUCUCUCUGUGGUCGGAUGGCUCCUGUAAGGAAAAGUAUCUCUUCUCGACAUCCUUCUGAUCGCUUUUCCAAGAAGCAUAUUCGUAACGAGGAUGGGUCAGUAUUGGUUGUAAGUAAGAAAAUGAAGAACAUAAUAAAACAAGAACUUAAAGCACAAUCCAUAACUGAUAUGCUAACUGACGAUCCUAAUUCCGAAGAUCAUUUGAACCUUUCUCAAUCGUCUUUCAAACACGCCUUAAAUCCAUAUACUGAAUGUAGUGAUAACAACAGUUUGAGUAAACCUUGCACUCGUUUAUCACCUAAUAAUACGAAUAUGCAUCGAAUUGUCAAAAAAGUUCCUCGUAAAAAGCGUCUCAAAUCCAAAUUGCAUUCUCGUUUUAAUCGCAAUCAAAAUUUAAAAUCAACUUUACUUUCUAUGGAAAAAGACAUAAAAGGAGAAUCUCAUGGAAAUCAACAAUCGAUAGUGCACUUUUCUAACAAUCAGUCAGCUUUCGUAAAGUCAAAUGGAAUGCGUAUUCAAAAGUCAAAAUUGAAAUCCUCACAAAACCAACAAUCAAAAGUUGACGAUAAUCAUAUUGAAGAAAAAAGACCACCAUCAAUAGAUAUUGUCAAUUCCUUUCGCAUCUUACUACAGCAAUUUUAAUGGAUAUCUCUUUUUUGUGUGUUGUUGUUGUUGAUUGUUUUAUGAACUAGUUCUCGAAAUAGAUCAGAUCGUUUGUAGAUUAUAGCAAUAACUGUAAAUUUAAUGAUUGAUACUGUUUUAAAAUUGAUUUUUGGAAUUGUUUUUGUAAAUAAAUAAGUUUUAUGAAUAAAACUGUAAAUACUAAUUGUA